GCCGUUAGGAAAUACGGUUUUAUGGAAGAAAACUUUAGCUUCCUGCUAAACUAAACGAAUGAAAUCUACCCAGUUUUUAAUUUUCAUUACUUUAGUUGUGAUAUUUCUAACAUGUACGAGAUUGUUGUCGAAGGGACUAUCUGAACAAGAUGAGAGGUGCUCACAAGCCGAGUGGAAGACCAGCACUCUUCUCAACUCCUCACGUGAUUUUGGAUCUCACUACGAAAUAUCUUUCGCAGAUAUUCAAGGCUCAUUCGAAUGGCUUUAUUUACCAAAGUUUGAAUUGAAUAAUCCUGAAAUUUUACUUAUUGCCACUUCAAGACCUGACGAUUUUUCUAGAAGAAACGCGAUUCGAAAGACUUGGAUGAACCAAAAAACUAAUCAAAUAACAUCCUUUUUUAUGGUUGGAUUGAGUUCCAAAACUGAUGAAAAAGUACGAGAUAUUGUGAUGAGAGAAGCUGAAUUAUAUCGAGAUAUUGUGGUUACAAGUUUGGAAGAUUCUUAUACAAAACUAGCUUUUAAAACCCUUUCAAUUCUUCUCUACGCUGUAUCAAAAGUGCCAUCUGCUCAACUAAUUGGAAGAGUGGAUGGCGACGUUCUGUUCUUUCCAAAUUUGUUCCAGUCAUUUCUUGAUAAAGAUAAUUACUUUAUCAACACGAAUAACUCCAGUAUUUAUGGAUAUAUUGCUGAAGAAGGGAAACCAACUACGUCGAAAUGUUGUAAAUCACGUAACUUUUUGUUCCCUUUCAAAUGUUCAAAUUACCUUUCGUUUCUUUCUGGACCAUUCUUCCUGUUAACACGUCCUGCGGCUGAAAAAUUAUUGAACGCGUCUAAACACAGGGAUUUUCACCAGAUUGACGACCAACUUAUCACUGGACAAAUGGCUGAUGAUGCUGGUGUUAAAAGAAUAAAUCUUCCAAUGAUACAUAUGUUUCCUGAGCCAACAAAUGAUUUCGUUUUUGCGUGGCACAAUACAUUGAAUGAUUUUCAAUAUGUGAAGGCGUAUAAAGAUAGGAUUGCUCACCUUCCGCUAUGACAAUGCCAAAAAAUGAUAUUUAACUGUUUUUAAGUUUCUUCUUGUAAUAAACAUUGGAUCACU